AUGCACCGGGCCGCUGUGCUACGUCAUUUACGGCAACGGUCCCGGACCCCAGCCAAUCUUCUGACCGCGCCCAGCCCAACUUUCAAGCUCUGUCUCGGCCAUCGCGAAAUCGCCAAAUCGGUUGCGACAGCUGCCACCACCGCAGAUCUGCGCUCGAGCCGAAGCGACCAUCCCGAUUCAUUCACAGGCCCCGCCACUCUACCGUCCCGUAAAGAGGCAAUAAGGAACGCCAAGCCGUUUUCCGACUUCCUCACAGAUACCUUCAAUCGACAGCACGACUAUCUCCGUAUCUCGCUGACGGAAAGAUGCAACCUACGAUGUCUAUACUGCAUGCCUGAGGAAGGGGUGCCCCUGUCCCCGGAUCGCGAUCUGCUCACAACCCCGGAGAUCGUCCUGCUGUCAUCGGUCUUCGUCUCACAGGGCGUCACGAAGAUCCGUCUCACGGGCGGUGAGCCUACAGUGCGCCGAGAUAUUGUGCCCCUGAUGCGCCGCAUAGGUGACCUGCGGCCCCACGGCCUGCGCGAGCUCUGCCUCACCACCAAUGGCAUCGCUUUGCAUCGCAAGCUGGACCCCAUGGUGGAGGCCGGCCUCACUGGGGUGAAUCUCAGCCUGGACACGCUCGACCCGAAUCUGUACCGGAUCAUGACGCGGCGUGAUGGCCUCGAGGCGGUCAAGCGCAGCAUUUCCCGAAUCCUCGAGAUAAACGAGCGCGGCGGCCCGCAGGUGAAGCUUAAGAUCAACUGUGUUGUGAUGCGCGGGAUGAACGACCAGGAAAUCAUCUCUUUCGUCGAGAUGACGCGCGACCAGGACAUCGAGGUUCGCUUCAUCGAGUACAUGCCCUUUGACGGCAACCGGUGGAGCAAGGGCAAGAUGUUCAGCUACGAAGAGAUGCUGGACCGGAUCCGCGAGGUCCAUCCAGACCUGGAGCGCCUCAAGGGCCACAAGAACGACACGAGCAAGACGUUCCGGGUGCCUGGGUUCAGGGGAAAGGUUGGCUUCAUCACGAGCAUGACGCACAACUUUUGUGGCACAUGCAACAGGCUGAGGAUUACGAGCGAUGGAAACCUCAAGGUGUGCUUGUUUGGUGAUGCAGAAGUCUCACUACGGGAUUUGUUGAGGCAGGCGAAUGAGGGGGAACCCAUUGACGAAGCUGCCAUCGAAAGGCUGCACGAGGCUGCGGUUGAACAGAUGUUGGAGGCACGAGAGUCGGCGGCGAGUGAAACCACGGUCAUCGACACCUCAUCGAUGCCCAUUGUCAUUCCAAACUCCCACGAAUUGCUCGAUUUGAUAGGAAUGGCAGUGAAGCGCAAGAAGUCGAAGCACGCCGGGAUUGGCCAGCUCGAGCACAUGAAAAACAGACCAAUGAUUUUAAUCGGACCUACCAGAGCCACAGGCGCGUCUGCUAGAGACGCGUCCUGGCAGACGGUGAGGCGGUUCACGACGGCAGCGCGAAAGCUGGACAAGGCCGAGAACGGCGACCAAUCUAGAAAACCAAGCCCGCCUGUUUCGACACUCACACACGUUUCCGAAUCCGGCGCCGCGCACAUGGUGUCCAUCGCGGCCAAGGCGGUAACCUCACGCGUCGCGACGGCAGCGUGCACGGUCGUCUUCAGCAACGCGACGGCGGCGCGGCUGAUCCGGGAGAACCAGAUGAAGAAGGGCGACGUGCUGGGCGUGGCGCGCGUGGCGGGCAUCAUGGCGUCCAAGAAGACGUCGGACCUCAUCCCACUCUGCCACCCGAUCCCCAUCUCGCGCGUGAGCGUCGACCUCGCCGUCUCAGACCCUUCGGGAGGAGACGACGAGGCUGCGGUCGUCGAGGUCAGCGCGACGGUCGAGUGCGACGGCAAGACGGGCGUCGAGAUGGAGGCGCUCACGGCGGCCAGCACGGCGGCCCUGACGGUCUACGACAUGUGCAAGGCGGUGGACAAGGGGAUGCGGAUCGAGGGUCUACGGGUGGUGCUCAAGGACGGUGGCAAGAGUGGGCGCUGGGUUGAGGGCGGCCGGGAGCCUACGACGGCGUCGGGGACGGUGUGA